AUGAUCGGUACAUCCUUUGGCGAGUGGGCGUUCAUCCGCCUCUCGAUCCUCGUCCUGCGAUACCCCGUUGUCGUCUACACCAUCUUCCUCGGCGGCCAGUACCUACGAUACGGCAACAAAGCGCGAGACCAUAUUGUCACGUCGUCUAUUAUUGCGCUCAUAAUCGCGGAGCUAGUGUUCGCAGUAUGCAUAUACUGGCCAGCAACACGGCGACUCAGCGAUGCCGCUGUCCACCCGGAACCACUCUCUCGAAAUGCGCGCCGAGCGCUCUUCCACAAAUGCUUCGAUAAUGUCCCGAAUCUAGAAUCCUAUAUUCAAGGCUGGUUCCUUGGUGCGGAAAUCACCAAUAUUAGACGCGACAAUGUUCGGGAGUUUAUCCUCUGGGCGUUUUUCGAACAUGACGAUAUCCCGGCAGGACUCGAUGACGAUAUAGACGACGAAGUAGACGAGUACAUCGAAAUUAUAGAAACACGACUCGAUUAUAAGUUUGCUAUUGGGAAAGGACCAGCAAAAAGUCUGCGAUUGACUAUAGACCCUAUACACUCUACGUACCGAGGUUUGAUGUGGUAUAUCAUAAUCUUCUGGGUCGACGCUUUUACACAUCUCGCCAUGCGCUUCAGCGGGUUCCAAUAUUAUUCGCGCCAGACACAGCAUGCGAUCAAAACAUUUCCUCCUAGACUACAGGAACUGGCAUGGAAGCAACACGAGUCACCUGCUGCUAGACUUGGUUACUGGUUUAGCGAACAGACAAGCACCGAGCAACUACCAGUGCUCUUCAUCCACGGAAUCGGCAUCGGUCUGUUGACGUAUAUACACUUUUUGGCAGACCUACGAAAAGCUCAACUAAAUAGCGAGGGCAAUAUCGGUAUCAUUGCUAUUGAGCUUCUUCCUAUAUCCUUCCGCUUAACGCAGCCGAUGCCGCGCAAGGAUGAUCUCGUCGCACAAAUCAGCACUAUCCUCAAACAUCACAACUGGCGGGAGUUUACUAUAGCAUCGCACUCAUACGGCUCGGUUGUAACAUCGCAAUUGCUGAGCGACCAUGUUCUGCAACAGCAGGUCCGCUCAGUGAUGCUGGUUGACCCGGUCAGCGUUAUGCUACAUCUGCCGACGAUUGCGUACAACUUCACGCGCCGCACGCCUCGCUUAGCAAAUGAGUGGCAGCUAUGGUACUUUGCCAGCACGGAUCCCGUGGUGGCCAACUGCCUCGGCAGACACUUCUUCUGGCGCGAGAAUAUUGCUUGGAAAGAAGAGCUAGUUGCCAGCUCCGCCGACAAUUUCCCAGUCUUGGAAAGGAAGGUGACCGUCUGUCUGGCUGGUCGUGACAUUAUUCUAGAUCCCUUGGCAGCAGCGCAGUAUUUGGCCCAGAGAUCAGGUGAAGCACCGGAGCUGGCUACUGGUGCAUCGUCAGAAGUUACAGUUUUGACGUUUCCCCGACUUGAUCACGCGCAGGUGUUUGAUAGUGCUAUAGAUUACAGGCGCAUUAUUGAAGGCUUAAUAGACGAUCAGGAGGGCGCAUUUCGUGAGCGUGUGGCACAAAUAGAGUAG